CGUAAAAUUUAAGAGAAACACGUUUGCGGAUUGUCCGAAUAUAGUCACACGUCUGGUUAAGAGAAAUGACUUAGCAAAAGGAUUUCUCCCCGUUGAUAUUAUUAGUAUUAUAAAAAGACCUCUAGUUUUCUUCAGUCUUCACCCGCUAACAUUGAUCGACCAGCUUACCCAAAAAGGACCUCCAUCUCCAUGGAUCUGUCUAACCCAGCUACAUUGGUCGCUUUGUUUCUAAAUCUAAUCCUGAUCCUUUUCACUGUCAAGUUCCUCGCAGCAAAACUAAGAGAAAAGCAGAAAAAAAACAAGACCAAGUACCAUCCUGUUGGCGGAACACUUUUUAACCAGCUCCUCAACUUCAAAAGAGUGCAUCACUAUAUGACUGAUCUUGCUGGGAAGUACAGGAACUACAGGCUGCUUAGCCCUUUCAGGAGUGAGGUUUAUACCUCGGAACCAGACAACGUUGAAUAUAUUCUCAAAACAAAUUUCCAGAAUUAUGGCAAGGGUGAGUACAAUUACAGCUUGCUAAAGGGUUUACUAGGUGAUGGGAUUUUCGCAGUCGAUGGUGAUAAGUGGCGUCAACAGAGGAAAGUGUCAAGCUAUGAAUUCUCAACGAAGGUGUUGAGGGAUUUCAGCACUGUAGUCUUUCGGAAAAAUGCAGCAAAGCUUGCAAAUAUAGUGUCUGACGCAGCGAAGUCCAACAAGAUAAUGGAUAUUCAGGACUUGUUUAUGAAAUCGACUUUAGAUUCGAUAUUCAAAGUUGGAUUUGGAGUUGAACUAGACAGCGUGUGUGGAUCAAAUUUAGAAGGCAAAGAGUUUACAGCUGCUUUUGAUGAUUCAAGCGCAGCAAUCCUCUUCCGAUAUGUUGAUAUCUUCUGGAAGAUCAAGAGAUUUUUAAAUAUUGGAUCAGAAGCAAAACUAAAGAAAAGUACAAAAGUGGUUGAUAAUUUUGUGUAUAAGCUGAUCCACAACAAGAUUGAGCAGAUGCGUAACUCGAACGAUUCUUCUAUGAAAAAGGAAGACAUUUUAUCCAGAUUUCUGCAAUUGAAUGACACUGACCCAACAUACGUGCGAGAUAUAAUCCUUAACUUCAUAAUUGCUGGGAAAGACACAACAGCAGCUACUCUGUCGUGGUUUAUUUACAUGCUCUGCAAGCAUCCUGAUGUUCAAGAAAAGGUUGCACAAGAAGUGAAGGAAGCAACUGACACGAUGGAGGUUAAAGAUUUUGCUGAAUUUGCUGCUAUCUUGAGCGAAGAAGCUCUAGGAAAAAUGCACUAUCUCCAUGCAGCCUUAACUGAAACAUUAAGGCUCUACCCCGCUGUUCCAGUUGAUCCAAAGAUAUGCUUUUCUGAUGAUACUCUUCCAGAUGGGUUCAGUGUGAGGAAAGGAGAUAUGGUUUGUUAUCAACCUUAUGCAAUGGGCAGAAUGAAAUUCAUAUGGGGUGAUGAUGCAGAGGAGUUCAGACCAGAGAGAUGGCUUGAUGAGGAUGGGAUGUUCCAACCAGAAAGCCCUUUUAAGUUUACAGCAUUCCAGGUGUGCAGAACAUACUACAAAUUAGAAAUUCUUGCAGGGCCUCGAAUUUGUUUAGGCAAGGAAUUUGCUUAUAGGCAGAUGAAGAUCUUCUCGGCUGUUCUUGUGCACUACUUUGUGUUCAAACUGAGUGAUGAGAAUAAAUCUGUCACCUACAGGACGAUGAUCACUCUUCAUGUAGAUGGGGGCCUUCAUGUCCGCGCAUUUCCCAGAUGUCAGACUUAGUCUUUCUUGCCUAUUUGACCACGGGUUUCAUCUGUUGGCUCAGUUCUGUAUGCUGGGCAAUUGCAAGGUUUGAGUAUGCAUGUACUUGUCCUUGCACAAGAAUAAAUACAAUGAUAUCCAAAAAGAAAAAUAAAGGAAUAAAUAUGAUGAAGAAUUACUUUCACUCACCAAGGAGUCUUGAACCAUACUUUUGUCUGAAAAUUGAGUUCAGGACACUUCUGCAAACUAAGUGAAACCAUUUUUUUU